AUGGUCGAAGUCCAGCGCUUGGGAGAACGUCUCAACAUCGAUUUGAAAUUCUGUAACCUCGACUCUCCGACUCUCCAUGACCUCGUGGACAUUCGGCGGGCGGUCAUCUGCGUUGACCUGGGAAUACCUAUUAACAAGCUACCUUGGCAGGUGGGCUCGGGACCCGUGGGACUAGUUCUUGCGUUAACCCUGCUGAGGAAUGGCAUAUCUUUCCGAAUCAUCGACAAGGAGGAAAAUCCUCGCAUUGGGCAGCGCGGUGCCGGGAUCAUGGUGCGCACAACAUGCCUGUAUGGCUACAAGCAGCGGAUGACUCAAAGGCAUAACCACCAGCCGCGCUCGCUCGAACUAUAUCACUACCUGGGCGUGUUACCAGACGUGUUAGCAAAGGCCUAUCGACUGAUGCGCAAUCGUGUGUACAAGUUACCUGGUGGAACAGAAGCAGUCGAGACGUUCUGGAUGGAUGAACCCACUGCGCCUACGCCUUCCACCCCAUUCUUCAAUCUCGGUUGGAAGCUCGCUCUGGUCGAGAAGGGACUCGCGAGCCCUGCACUGCUUUCGACGUAUACCGAGGAGCGGGUUCCGGUCGUCGCCGCUAUGCUCCAGAAAACCACUGCAAUCCUGAACAAGACCGUUGGUACCCCUAGGAGCGACCCUGGAAGCAGUGACGCAUGGAACAGAGGAGGCGAGCUCAAGCAGCUCGGCGUGAACUAUCGCUGGAGCUCGAUCGUGAUCGACGAGCGUACUGACAACGCUGACCAGCACGCCGUACAUCGUCCGCUGGAUCCAUACGGCGCACUGCGCAACAAUACAACGACUGUGCGAGCGGGCGACCGUGCGCCUGACGCACCUGGGCUGUUGCCGCUGAAUGUCAAGACCCAACCUGACGGGAGUGUCAAUGACGCAACGGUGUCGCUCUUCCGAGUAUUUGGUCCCUCUCACCAUACCGUUCUGUUCUUUGCUGGUCAAGUCGACGAAGUAACCCCGAUCGUCCAGAAACUGAGGCAAUAUCCGCCGCAUGCCCUACAAACAGCGAUGAUAUACCCCGCGGGGACGGUGGGAGCUAAGCACCUCGAGGUAGCGGAUGUCAUGUUGCUGGACGUCAGCGGACACGCCUACGGCAAUUAUGCGUGUGACAAGGCCAGGUUGACUGUGAUCAUUGUGAGACCUGACGGGGUAAUUGGGGGAAUCGUCUUUAGCUUAGGCGGUGUGUUAGCAUACUUCAGGCGGGUGUUCUCUGCGUACACCUUAGCGUGA